UAUCAAAUCCUAGGAAUCGCGAGGUUAACUUGUUCUAUAAAAAUGGGUGAUACGAAGGAUGGAAAGAAAUGUAGUAAAGACGUGAUAGAGGCGUCGUCGGUGUGGUCAAAAAUCUCUUCGGAUUCCGACUGCCCGUGUAAUCUGGAGAACAGAGUGCUUUGCAUUCAGAAGAAUGUGGAACCCGAUAACUUGAUAAAUCGAAUAACUUGCAAACCACAAAAAAAUUACAAAAGGUGAGUACGCGCCGUUAAAAUUUAUCUGUCGACGAAUGAUGGCCACUGAGAUUUUCAGGGGGAGAGGAGAGAUACCGUUCCACGUUCCUCAUAAAAAAUUAUUGGAAAAAAUCGUGCAUAAGAAAGAAAUACCGGAACCACUGACCGGAUUUACCGAUCACCAGGACGCGAUUCGUCAAAAAGUUUGUCUUCCUUACAUCCCUCUGCCUCACGUAGAGGAAAAAUCCAGCCACAGAGGGUCUCUGACCUCCAAAACCGUUCUGGAAGAUUCAGAAAUCUUGGAAACGAAAACGGCCCAGACUCCACCCCUUGAGAUAGUUGACCAGUUGAAGAUAAUCGAGGAUCUUCGAAAUGACCCUAAGAUCGGAUUUUUUUACAUGGUAUACGCCGUCGAGAGGUGUUCUCAAUUUUUCACCCCCUACGCCAUGAAAAUUGUUCCUUACGAUCAACUUCAGCGAACUUAUAUGACCAUCAGUACGGACGGUGUGACCCAGUACAGCCCUGAAGAAAUGUCUUUCACGCCCAUCGAACUCUGGGAAAGAGAAUAUCGAUUCUACUUGAAAUUAAUGAAGAUAAGGUCCUUCGUGACGUACCGUUUGUGGAAAGCCUUUUACGUGUGGAGGAAAACGCUGGCAUGGUCAAAGUUUGUCAAUGCUAGAAAUUACAUGGAAAAAAAUCUGUUCAUUUCCGAUCCAAUACUGAGCAAGGCCCUUCUGGAGGUGAAAGCGAUGUGCGCUGUCUUUUUGGAUUCUUCGUUCAACGAUUUUUCGUUGAACGAAAAACAGCCGCUUUUCAUGUACGCCGAAGCGCAGUUAGCGAAAUUGGAAUCCAUCAGAAAAAAACUAGACGAGUUUAGGAAACUCGCCGUCGAUAUCGUGAACAACGCUUGUCUCGGUGCUCUUUUGGAACAGGGUUACACUCCGGAUGACUCGAACAUCACCAUAGAGCAAACCGCUUACGGAAAAUUAGGUCAGUUCAGCGGAGCUAAAUUUAAGAUGCCAAAGGACGGAGUUCUGAAAAUGAGUUUCAUAGAACAGGCGUCGAAAAGAAAAAAGUGCUACCGACUUUCGUGUUUUAUACACCUCAUCGACUACAUGCAGACGAACAUGAUGCACGUAUUGCUGAACAAUACGUACAAGGAAUUGCUGAAAAUUUUGCGGAAGCACACGGAAUUCUUACCAUCCAAAGAGUUGCUGGAAGCAACGGAUAUCGGCGUUACUAUAGACGUCCCACGUACACCAGGAAUUUACCCCCAGCAUCCAUUUUUUGUUACGAAUUUAAUAAUCGCGGAAGAUACGGGAUUAGUAAUGGAUCCCUCCGAGGAGAUAUUGUUUUACGUAUUUCAAACAAUCUGUGACUUGUGGGAGGAAAAUUUAAACGCCAUAAAACCUUUGCUAUCCGAUCAAUAUUUCAGCAGUUUUACCAGGCCACUGAUCAACCAUAAAAUCGAAGAUAAACUCUGCGGAAACCCUCCCGAAAUUUUGACAGUUUUGAAGCAAGAUGCGGAAAUGGAUAUGUUAAAAAACGAAUUGCGUAGUGUUUUGAAUGAAAAUAUCGAUGCUGUGAAAUUGUAUUGGAAUCGCUUGAUACCGAUAGAAGUAUUCUACAAAGAAGACAUGGCCUCCGACGAUCAGAUAAUCCGACGGGAAACUGUUUGCGAAAAAUUUCGAAAAUUGUACAUUCGUUACUCGAGCGAAAUCGAGACGAUAAAUGAGGUCGCCGAUCAUGAGGAUUUGGGAAUUUUUUUAAUCAUAUUGGACAGGUUCAAGGAUAUCGCUCUUGUCGCACCUAAUAAAAAAUUGAGAGUCCUGGAAUCGGUACUGCCCUCAAUCGGAAAGUCAAAGGUAGACACGGUUUUAACGGCGGCGAUCGACGCCAUAAAUUAUCUCGAAAUCGAUCCGGUAUCAACCGAGGAUUUCGUUGCGUACAUUAAAUUUCUCGACAAAGCGCAACAUAAAAUUGACAGUAUGGAAACCCAGCUGGAAUACGCGAAAGAAAUCUACGACAUAAUGGAGGAAUAUCAGAUUCCUGUGCCACCGGAAGAAGUUGCCAAUUAUUUGGGUAUAAAUGUCCAAUUUACGAGUCUACGUUUGGCGGUAGAAAAACGAGUCGUCUCGAGGGACAAUCUUAUAGCAAGCUUCAAUUCGCAGCUUCAAUUGGAUAUCGACGAAUUAAUUGACAAGAUUUCAGACAUCAAUGACGAAGUUGUUCAAAGUUGGCUACUGAGUUCGGAGAGCAACAUUGCCCACUGUUUUUCUACCUUGAAAAACCUGAACGCGAGGAUGACCGAGUGCGCGAGUACGGCGAACGAGUACAGAAAUUACCAGAAGGCGUUCAAGGUUGAGGUGACGAGAUUCGAUAUACUCGAGCAAGUAACGAACGAAGUCAGACUCCGUACGCUCUUGUGGGAAACGGUCGACGGUUGGGCCUCCGCCGUCGAAGAAUGGUACUCGGUGUUAUUCGAAUCCCUAAAUGUGGAGGAGAUGACGACGUUCACAUCUCGUAACGUCAAAAAUAUUGUAAUGUUGGAGAAAGGUUUACCGGCCAACGACAUUGUCCCGAAAUUGAAGAACGACGUGGAGACCAUAAGAGACAAACUACCCAUCAUCGGAUACCUGAGAAAUCCAAAUCUAAAAAGUCGUCACUGGCAAAAAAUUGAAAGUCUGCUGAACUACAAAUUUACAGCGGACGAACCGGUCACACUCGGCCUCUUGGAGAAUCUCAACGUAUUCUCUUAUCCUGCUCAAUUGAUGGAAAUAGCGGCAGCGGCUAGUUCAGAAUUUGGAUUAGAGUUACUGUUGAAAAAAGUUGAGGACUCUUGGAAGACCUUGGAAUUCACUGUCAUACCGCACAAAGAAUCCAAAGACGUAUUCAUCUUGGGGACUCUCGAGGACGUUCAAGCCGUCCUGGAGGAAAGCAACAUCAAUGUGCAAACCAUCGCAGCUUCUCGUCACGUUGGUCCGAUUAAAUCCAGAAUAGACGAUUGGGUUCGACAGCUCGAUCUCUUUUGGAAGACAUUGGACGCUUGGCAGUAUUGCCAGCAGCAAUGGCUGUACUUGGAGUCAAUAUUUUCAGCUCCUGAUAUCCAAAGACAGCUUCCGGUCGAAUCGAAACUCUUCAUAGUCGUCGAUAAGUCAUGGAAAGAAAUAAUGCGGAAGACAGUCAAGAUGCCACUGGCACUGGAAGCUUGUUGCCAGCCCGGACUGUACGAGAAGUUCAUCGAGAACAACAAAAAUUUGGAUCAAAUCCUCAAGUGUCUCGAAGCGUAUCUGGAAACUAAGCGCAUUGCUUUUCCGAGAUUCUUUUUCUUGUCGAAUGACGAACUCCUUGAGAUUUUGGCCCAGACCAGAAAUCCCCACGCUGUGCAGAGACACUUACAGAAAUGUUUCGACGCGAUUCAUCGUUUGGAAUUUGCCACGGCGCAGACAGACGACAGUACAGAAGCUGCCCCGGAUGCUGUUGUACUGACGACAGACAUCAGUGCGAUGUUAUCUCCAGAGGGAGAAAGAGUUCAGCUAGGUAAAGGGUUGAAGGCCAGGGGCAACGUGGAAGACUGGCUGGGGAAGGUUGAGGCAUCGAUGUUCUCAUCCCUAAAAAGAAGAAUGAAGUCCGCGAUAAGCGACCUCCGAAACAGGGGAAGAGAAAUGUUCCUAGUCGCGCACCCCUCGCAGAUAGUUUUGACCGUCUCGCAGAUAUUCUGGGCCAGAAACGUCCAUAUUAUACUAGAUGAUAAAGUCAACGUACAAAAUGCGAUGCGAUCGUUUGAGCAAAAAUGUUACACGGAUUUGAAUCAACUGGCCGCGAUGGUGAGAGGAGAGCUCACGAGGCUCGUGCGCGAAGUUAUAAUCAAUUUGAUAACCGUUGACGUUCACGCGAGAGACACGAUUACCAUUCUUGUUGAGAACAAGGUGAGUUCGAGCACGAAUUUCGAGUGGAUGAAAGCGCUUCGUUAUUACUGGGACGAAGAAAUCGACAAUUGCUUGGCUCGAAUGAGCAGCGCUGAAUAUCUUUACGGGUACGAAUAUCUCGGGGCGCAGAGGAGGCUGGUGAUAACUCCCCUGACCGACAAAUGCUAUCUUUGCCUUAUGGGGGCCCUUCAACUCGAUUUAGGUGGAGCUCCCGCUGGACCUGCUGGCACAGGAAAAACCGAGACGACCAAAGACCUGGCUAAAGCUCUGGCGAUACAAUGCGUCGUUUUCAAUUGUUCCGAAGGACUCGAUUACAGGAUGAUGGGUAGAUUUUUUUCCGGCCUCGCCACAUCCGGCGCGUGGUGUUGCUUCGACGAGUUCAAUCGUAUAGAUAUCGAGGUGCUAUCUGUGAUCGCCCAGCAAUUGAUUACCAUAAGAAAUGCAAAAGUGUCCAGAGCCAAAGAGUUCGUCUUCGAAGGGAGAAAAAUAAAGCUGGUGAUGUCCUGCGCCGCUUUCAUAACGAUGAAUCCGGGUUACGCGGGUCGUACGGAAUUGCCGGACAAUCUCAAGUCCCUGUUCCGUCCGAUAUCCAUGAUGGUUCCGGACUACAAGCUCAUCGCCGAGGUGACCCUCUACUCCGAAGGAUUCGAAUCUUCGAAAUCCCUCUCCAAGAAAAUGACCUUAAUGUAUACGUUGUGCAGUGAACAACUCUCGCAGCAGGAUCAUUACGAUUUUGGGAUGAGAGCGGUUAAAAGUGUCCUGGUGAUGGCCGGGAGUCUGAAGCGAGAGAAUCCCGACAAACAAGAGGAUGUGGUUCUGAUCAGAGCUCUCCGAGACAGCAAUAUUCCGAAAUUCUUAGCGGACGACACGGAGCUAUUUCAGGGAAUACUCGGCGAUCUCUUCCCGGGGGUGAUAAUUCCGGAAGAGGACUACGGCGUGUUCCAGAAAACGACCGUUAAAGUGAUGCGAGAAGCGCAGCUCCAGCCGGAGCUCUGUUCUAUAAAAAAAGUCAUCCAGUUGCACGAAACUAUGAUAGUCAGGCACGGAGUCAUGCUCGUAGGACCGACGGGAGGCGGAAAGACUACCGUCUUGAAAACCUUGUGCGACACGUUGACGCGUCUUCACCGCGAGGGAAUCGCCGGGCAAUAUUUUCAGCCUGUCCACAUGUACGUCCUGAAUCCAAAAUCCGUAACGAUCGGAGAAUUGUACGGGGAGAUAAAUCCUCUGUCCAACGAAUGGCACGAUGGUUUGCUCGGGAUCAUCGUGCGCAAUGCUUGUUCCGCUUCGACGGAGGACCAUCAAUGGGUGGUUUGCGACGGACCGGUAGACGCUGUGUGGAUAGAAAACAUGAACACUGUUUUAGACGAUAAUAAAAUGCUGUGUCUCGCCAAUUCCGAGAGAAUAAAAUUCACGCCUUACGUUCACAUGGUCUUCGAAGUUAUGGACUUGGCUCAAGCCUCCCCAGCAACAGUUAGUCGAUGCGGCAUGGUGUACCUCGAUCCCACCGAGCUCCAAUGGCUUCCCUACGUUAAAACUUGGGCCUCUAAACUCCCUUGGAAAUUGGUGAACGACGACGUGAAAGAGCAGAUCAUCGAUCUGUUCGAAAGAUACAUGGACAACGGUUUGACGUUUUUCAAAAAAAAUUGCGACCAUGCGAUUAAUCAGGUCGAUAUAAGCAAGGCCAACAUGCUAUGUGCUCUGAUGGAAAGCAUUCUAAACGAACCUGGAGCGAUCGAUAGAUCGGUAGAAAAAUCAAGGGCAAAAACUUUUCUGACGCAAGCGUUCAUUUUCGCUUUUAUCUGGUCGGUUGGAGGAAACCUGAUCGAUAGUUCUAGAGAAAUAUUUGAAACAUUCGUCAAAGAAUUGUUCGACGAAAAUUCAGAUGCGCGAUUACCAUCGAGUGGAGAUCUAUGGAGCCUUUACCUGAACGUACAAGGUCGUCGUAUGGAUUUAUGGCUGAAAUUACUGCCGACAUUCAACUAUAAUCCGGAACAACCGUUUUUCGAAAUUUUGGUACCAACUGUAGACACUGUUCGGUUUUCUUACAUUAUGCAGAAAUUGGUAGAGGUGAACAAAGCGGUUUUGUUCACCGGAGGAACCGGAGUGGGAAAAUCGGUGAUAGCGAAACUGGUGCUCAACAAUUUACAAAAAACCGAAGCAUGGGUUCCUGUGAUAUUGAACUUCUCAGCCCAAACGAGCAGUGGUCGUACCCAAGAAAUCCUCGAGUUGAAACUGGAAAAGAAGAAGAAAGCUCUGAUCGGAGCUCCGGUUGGGAAACGUGUAUGUGUCUUCAUCGACGAUGUCAAUAUGCCCAAAUUAGACACCUACGGAUCUCAACCGCCGAUCGAACUCCUACGACAAUUUCUGGACUUCGGUGGCCUCUACGAUAGAGAUAGAUUGUUUUGGAAGGUAAUUGAAGACGUUGUAUUAUCCUGCGCUUGUGCCCCGCCCGGCGGAGGUAGAAAUGUCCUCACUCCGAGGUUCGUGAGACAUUUUGGAAUGCUGGUUAUCCCGGCGCCGACGGAAGGCUCUUUGAAAGCGAUAUUCAGAGCCAUAAUGCGUGGAUUUUUGAAGGACUUUGUCGCCCCGGUCGUUGACGUAGGUGACAAAAUUGUAGGAGCUACGGUAGAAAUUUACGACAGAAUAGCGAUAGACUUACUCCCGACUCCCGAAAAAAGUCAUUACGUGUUCAAUCUACGCGACUUAUCGAAAUGCUUUCAAGGGAUGCUCCAAGCUGAUCCUUCCGACGUAAGGGAAUCCAAACAAAUCCUCAGACUCUUUUACCACGAAUGCCUGCGAGUUUUUCACGAUCGUUUGAUCAACGUGGAAGAUAAGUCCUACUUCUAUCGACUCCUCACCGAGAUGUGUAAGCGCACAUUCGGAAACGAGGUGGUACCGUUACCAAAUGACGAGGUCAUCGAACACCCGCCAAUUUUACUCUUCGGAGAUUUCAUGGUUCUCGGUGCCGCCAAGGAAAACAGGAUUUAUCAGGAAAUCAAUGACGUCGCAAAACUGAAAGGGGUUCUCCAGGACUACUUGGACGAUUAUUGUUUAUCAACGGUGAAAGAAAUGAACAUUAUUUUCUUCAUGGACGCUGUCGAACAUUUAUGCAGAUUGGCUAGAAUACUCCGUUCCGAAAGAGGAAACGGUUUGUUAGUCGGUGUAGGGGGUAUGGGAAAACAGAGCUUGACAAAACUAGCUUCUCACGUCAACGGUUAUCCAUGCCAGCAGAUAGAAGUCUGUCGCGGUUACGACGUAAACUCUUGGCACGAUGAUUUGCGACGUUUUUAUUUCGCCCCCGGUUCCGCGGCAACGGAUGUAACGUUUCUUUUCACCGACACGCAAAUCGUGGUCGAAGAAUUUUUGGAAGACAUAAAUAACACGUUGAAUUCAGGAGAGGUUCCGAAUCUCUUCGAAACGGACGAGUUGGAAAAAGCAAUAAUCGCUACGAGGCCAGCAGCAAAAUUGGCGGGCAUUCCAGAAACGGCCAGGGACGAUAUAUACCGAUAUUUUAUUGGAAGAGUAAGAAAUCACUUGCACCUAAUGUUGUGCAUGAGUCCCGUCGGAGACGCUUUCAGACGUCGGUGUCGGAUGUUCCCAUCGUUGGUCAAUUGUUGCACCAUAGAUUGGUACACGAAAUGGCCAGACGAAGCCCUUUUGUCCGUUGCCGAAAAUACACUAGGUUCUAUCGUCGGAAACGACUCCCCGAUGAUCCCAGCGUUGUCUUCCAUUUGCGUUUUAAUGCACGAGAGUGUCGAGGAAAUGACCGUCCGAUUUUUCAACGAAGUACGACGUAGGUAUUACACGACACCCAGUAGUUACUUGGAGCUCCUAAAAUUAUACGCUUCUACGUUGGAGGCUAAAAAGAAGAAGACGCUAAUGACGAAAGAUAAGAUCUCGAACGGACUUCGCAAACUAUUCGAAACCAAUGAAACAGUGGCUGAUAUGAAAGCCCAACUCCUAGUCUUGGCGCCAAAGCUAAAAGUCAGCUCCGAAGAGGUGUCCAAACUACUCGUUAUCGUUCAGAGACAACAAGUGGAAGCUGACAAAGCGAGAACCAUCGUGGCUGCGGAUGAAGCGACUGCAAAAGUAAAAGCAGAGGCGACGGCUCUUUUGGAAGCGGAUGCGAAAAAAGAUUUGGACGCAGCGAUGCCAGCUUUAGAAGAGGCGAAACGAGCCCUCGAAUCUCUGAACAAAAACGAUAUAAAUGAGAUCAAAGUAUUCAAUAAACCACCCCAUUUGGUCAGAUUCGUAAUGGAGGCGGUCGAUCUACUGUUGGGAGAAAAACUCGAUUGGGCAUCGGCUAAAAUAGUUCUAGCGGAUGUUCACUUUCUAGAUAGAUUGUUACAGUAUCCAAAAGACGAUAUAAGCGACAAGUUACUGAAAAAAUUACAGGAAUACGUAAACCACCCGGAAUUUUUGCCAGAAAUUGUAGCGAAGCAAAGCAAAGUUUGUAAAUCAAUUUGCAUUUGGGUCAGAGCGAUACAUGGCUACGCUAAACUCUACAGAAUCGUUGAACCCAAAAGAAUCAAACUGGUGCAAGCCCAAAAUGAACUUUGGGUCAUCGAAGGCGUUCUGCAGCAAAAGCAGAAGCAACUGGCAGAAGUUGAAAAGAAAAUCGCAAAACUCCAAGCGCAGUUCGACGGAGCUGUUAAUAAUUUGGCUCAACUGGAAUAUAAUAUGCAACUUGCUGAAGCUCGACUGAACAGAUCGGGACGAUUGACUUCAGCUCUUUCCGACGAACAAGUCCGGUGGGAAGAAUUAAUGAAAGACUUCGAUAGGCAGAUCCAAAACUUAACUGGUGAUAUUUUAAUCGCGGCUGGUGCGCUGGCGUAUCUCGGAGCUUUUACAAGCGAUUACAGAGAAGAGUUAUUGAACAGUUGGAUCAAAAGCUGCACCGAGUUGGAAGUUCCGAUCACUCCCGGUUUCAAUUUGAUCAACGUUUUAGCUGAUCCCUACGAAAUUCGUUGCUGGAAUGGAUUUGGUUUGCCGAGAGAUCAAGUUAGCACGGAAAACGCGAUUUUGGUAACGCAAGCCGGUCGAUGGCCUCUCAUGAUAGACCCGCAGGAACAGGCGAACCGGUGGAUCCGUAACAUGGAGCGUGAGAAUAAUUUAAAGAUCUGUAAAAUGACAGAUUCAAACUUCAUGCGAAUCAUGGAGGCCUGCAUCAGAAUCGGAGCUCCUAUGCUACUCCAGGAAAUUGGAGAAACUUUGGAUCCAAGUCUCGAACCCGUUCUUUUGAAACAAGUUUUCAUAAUGGGCGGACGAUUGUUGAUCCGUAUCGGUGACUCAGAAGUGGAAUACGAUUCGAAUUUCAAACUAUACAUCACAACUAAAAUGGCUAAUCCUCAUUACUUGCCGGAAAUUUGUAUAAAAGUUACCAUCGUCAAUUUUACCGUAACUCCUUCGGGACUUGAGGAUCAGUUAUUGGCAGACGUCGUGCGGCUGGAGAGACCAGAUCUCGAAAAAAUGCGCAACGAAUUAAUAGCAAAAAUUAACGCUGACAAGGGACAACUGUCGUUGAUAGAGGACAAGAUUUUAUCGCUUCUUUUUAGCUCGGGAGACAAUAUUUUGGACAACGAAGAACUCAUCGAAACGCUGAACGACAGCAAAGAAACUUCAGCGAUUAUAGCAACUCGUUUGGUAGAAACAGAAGCCACGGAAGAGAAAAUUACAAUUGCCAGAGAAAAGUACAGAUCGGUCGCCACGAGAGGAUCGGUCUUGUAUUUCGUCGUCGCUAAUCUCGCGGAAAUUGAUCCGAUGUACCAAUUUUCGUUGAAAUAUUUUAACCAGGUGUUCAACAUUGUUAUCGAAACAAGUAGAAAAAGUUCCGAUUUAAAAGAACGUCUCUUGAUCCUGUACAACGAAAUAACUACGGCGAUUUACACAAAUGUUUCGAGGGGACUUUUCGAAAAGCACAAGUUGGUAUUCAGCUUCAUGUUGAAUGUCGCGAUCUAUUUAAAUUCUGGAAUCAUAAGCCCUGCCGAAUGGAAUUUCCUGCUGCAUGGACCUAUGAAACCCGAUUACCCGACUUUGACUGAACAAACUUGGAACGGGGUUAUUUACCUGACUGAAAACUUUGAAACAUUCAAAAAACUUGCCGAAGACGCCUUGAAUAAAAUAAAUAUAUCAAUCGGCACAAAUGAACAGGAAAUAAAUAUAAUUCCAACGAAUAAUACAAAUUCAACGUAUAAUUGGAAUGCAAACUUAACUGACAUGGAAAAACUGAUGCUACUGAAAGCGAUGAAAGAAGAAAAACUUAUUUUCGGUAUAACGGCCUACGUCCAGAAAAACCUUGGCCAACAGUUUAUCGAAUCACCAAUGAUAUCUCUUCAACUUCUCUUCCCAGACACAUCGAAGACAACUCCUCUCGUUUUCGUAUUGAGUACAGGAUCCGACCCCUUUGGUGCAUUUCAAAAAUUCGCCGGUGAAAUGGGAUUUGUUGAUAGAAUACAAUCGAUAUCCCUUGGCCAAGGACAAGGUCCAGUCGCCGAAUCCCUUUUGAAAAAAGGAACGAAAGACGGCGACUGGGUAUUUCUGCAGAACUGUCAUUUGGCAACCUCGUGGAUGCUUACUAUGGAAAAAUUAGUGAUCGACAUUUCGGAGGCUCCUGAAGAAGUCCAUCAGGAUUUUAGACUGUUUUUAAGUUCUAUGCCCAGUAUUUCAUUCCCAAUUUCUAUCCUUCAGAACUCUGUUAAAGUGACCAACGAACCACCAAAAGGGUUGAAAGCCAACAUCAAAAGAUCCCUCUUUGAGCUGGACGAAGACUUUUUUGAAAAUCACGCAUUGGGAAUAGCCUGGCGGAAAAUGGUAUUCGGGAUUUGUUUUUUCCACGCAAUUAUUCAGGAGAGAAAGAAAUUCGGUCCUCUUGGGUGGAACAUUUUGUACGAAUUUAAUACCAACGAUCGAGAGUGUUGCUUAUUGAAUCUACAAAUGUUUUGUACAAGCGGAGUUAUCCCUUGGGAUGCAUUGAUAUAUAUCACAGGUGAAAUAACGUAUGGAGGAAGAAUCACCGAUAAUUGGGAUUUACGUUGCCUGAAAACUAUACUUGAAGGAUUUUUUUCCCCCGAAACUUUGAACGCUGACUACACUUACUCGUUGUCGGGAACAUACUACUGCCCUGUAUUCAAAAAACUACAAGAAUACCGAGACUUUGUUGAGAAUUUUCCGAUAAUUGAAGAACCAGAAAUUUAUGGCAUGCACGAGAACGCUAAUAUCGCGUAUCAGCUGAAAGAAACAAAGACUGUAAUUAACACCUUAAUGGAGGUGCAACCGAGAGUCGCUGCGACUGGGGAAGGCGUAUCGAGUUCAGAAAUUGCGUUUCAACUAGCUGAUAAUAUCAUGGAACGGAUCAUCUUAUCGAUUGAUCCUUACGAAUGUAAUCCCAAUCACCUGAAAAAAGACUCAGCCGGUCGAAUCCCUUCGCUCACAACAGUUCUACUGCACGAAGUUGAUAGGUUCAAUAAACUUUUAGCGAAAAUUCAUUCAUCUAUGGAUAAUCUUCAACGAGCGAUAAGGGGAUUUGUCGUGAUGUCUGAUGAACUGGAAAAAGUUUUCAGAGCACUAAUUCACAAUCAGGUCCCGCAAAUGUGGCACAACGUGAACGUUUACCCUUCAUUGAAAAGUUUGGGAAGUUGGAUCAGAGAUCUGGAGCUGCGAAUUGACUUCAUUUCCACCUGGUUGCUCUACGAAAUGCCAAUUUCUUUCUGGAUUUCGGGUAUGUCAUUUCCACAAGGCUUCAUUACUGGAAUGCUGCAAACUUAUGCUAGGAAGCAUAACACCCCAAUUGAUCAUCUGAAGCUCGAUUUUACGCCAACUAAAGUUGUGCUGGCUCAAGAUUCCAUAGAAACAGCUCAUCGUGAAGCUCAUAAAGAGGUGCCCGGUGCAUACGGAAAUCUUAGCGUUCCACAAGAUGGAGUUUUAAUCCAUGGGCUGUUCCUGGAUGCUGGUAAAUGGGAUUUUCAAUUCAUGGUUCUUGUUGAUGCGAACAAGGGUGAAAUGAAUCCAUCUCUGCCGGUCUUACACGUGCAACCAACAGCAUCAUUGCCGGAAGUAGAUCCCAGAUACGUUUGUCCUUUGUAUAAAACAAGCGUAAGGGCUGGGGUUCUUUCUACAACCGGACAUAGCACAAAUUUUGUGGUAGCGAUCCUACUAAGUUCGGCUCGCCAACAAUCCUAUUGGAUUCUCAAAGGAACAGCGCUUUUGAUUCAAAUCACGGAUUAG